AUGCAGAUUCGAUUUCAUACUUCUCCCCGCCUCGGCGAUGUCACCACAGUGAAGACAGGGAGGCAAUUCAUCAGCGCUGUCCUUGAAGUUCCCCAUCGUUUUGCAAACGAGGACUGGCAACUCUUAUUGUGGCACAGUACAGAUGGAGAUGAUUGGAGGGCACUUCAAUUCGCUGCUGCCACCGGAGAGGAGAAAGCAGUGGAGCUAGAAUCAUCUCCCUCACUCUCACGGUUGCAUUUCCGAGCGGAAACACACUUUAACAAAUCAAUGCAAUUUACCAUCAAGUUCCGUUAUGCACUCGAACAACCCUGGAUAUGGGCCAACGAAGAAUAUGGAAUUGGCGAUGGCUUUGUGGUACUUCAAGAUAUAGCAGCCACUUCUCAGAGACUCGAGGACUUGAUUCCCGACCUUUCCUCACAAUGGUCAAUUUCUACUCACCAAAGCGAAGCCCCAGAUACGACACUAUGGUCCUUGACCACUCGAAUAGGGCCGAGUGUGGCAGACGAAUCGAGCUUCCAGGAUGUUGAAAUCGGUACUCCCUUUACGCACUUUCAAAAGUGGUUCGCACUAGUCAGAGCUGGUAUCCCGUGGCUGGCUCCCAGAAAAGGGCUGUCACGAUGCUCACUCGAUAAAGAUGCUAUACUCUGCUCCUUUGCUGACGGACAGGGCCGCCAUUUGGUCUUUCUUGCCAUGUCAGGCGUCGACGACAUACUCGCCCUCUUCCGCAGCACAGAUACCAACUCUAUAUCUCUUCAUGCCCGCAAUGAUGCUCCAGUGGAGCGAGAUCUUAUGGUGCUCGUCUCAACCGGGUAUGAAGUUGACAAGGCCAUAGCCGCCGUUGUAUACCACGCGAGAAGCUUAAUCUGGAAGUAUUCCCAGAUUCACGAUGCAGGUUUGCAGUCAGAUUCCUCUACUGAUUUCCGGCCGAAAUGGCGAGAAAAUUGGAUAGGUACUUGGAACUCCCUUAGCCAAAAAUUGACUGAAGACAAGAUCCUUGAAGCCCUCGAAAAUCUGGAGGAGAGCGGCAUCAGAAUUUCGAAUCUCAUCAUUGAUGACAACUGGCAGUCCAUCGACACGUUGGACCAAGGUGCCGCGCAGGCUGGCCUCCUCGAGUUUGAAGCAAAUCGCGCCGGAUUUCCCAGCGGUCUCAAAAGCACCGUCUCCAAGCUUCGUCGCACACAUCGAACCAUUGAGCACAUCUUUGUCUGGCACGCUCUACUAGGGUACUGGGGCGGCAUCUCCCCGCGCGGCGCCAUUGCGCGCAGCUACAAAACCACCCACGUCCGUCGCGAGGACACCGGCACCGACAUGACACUCGUCGCCAACGAAGACAUUUCAAAGUUUUACGACGACUUUUACGCCUUUCUGGUGCAGUCGGGCGUCGACGGCGUCAAGACGGACGCGCAGUGCAUGCUCGACACUUUGGCCAGCGCCUCGGCCCGCAGGGCGCUCACCAACGCGUACCUCGACAAGUGGUCGAUUGCGUCGCUGCGACACUUUGGCGUCAACGCCAUAUCGUGCAUGUCGCAGUUUCCGCAGGCCCUUUUCCACGCGCUGCUGCCGCAGAUCCGGCCGCCCGUGACGGCGCGCAACUCGGACGACUACUUUCCCGACGCGCCCUCGUCGCACCGCUGGCACGUGUGGGCGAAUGCGCACAAUGCCGUGCUCACGCAGUACCUCAAUGUCGUGCCGGACUGGGACAUGUUUCAGACCGUGCACGAGUUUGCAGACUACCACGCAGCGGCGAGGUGCCUGAGCGGCGGGCCGGUCUACAUCACGGAUGUGCCAGGACAGCACGACCUGGAGCUGUUGAAGCGAGUGACGGCGCUCACAACGCUGGGUAAGACGGUCAUUUUGAGACCAAGCGUCGUUGGCAUUGCGCUGGAUCCGUAUCUUGAUUACGAUUCUGGGGCUUUACUCAAGAUUGGCAGUUUUCAUGCCGGAGCCCCAACUCUUGCAGUUGCCGAAAUUGAUCAAAUUCUCUCAGGAUCCGGAAGCGGCGGCAUCUCGCUCAUGGGCGUGUUCCAGACCUCGGACGCGCAAACCUCGUCCCUGACGCUGCUCUCCGAGUUUCGCGGCAUCUCCCACACCUCGUCCUACGUCGUGCGCGCCUACACGACCGGCCGCGUCUCCCACCCUCUGCGCUUCACUGACGGUCACGUCCCGUCGUUGCUCGCGACGCCGAGUGACGAGGGCUACGAGAUUUACACCGCGUAUGAGCUCACGCGCUUCGCGAGCCGGCGGUGGCGGCGGCAGGGCGAGAUCAGCGUCGCCAGUCUAGGUCUCGUGGAUAAGAUGACGGGCUGCGCCGCGAUAGAAGCGAGUCACGUCGAGAUGGACGCCAAGAUAUCCGUCACGUCGAAACUCAAGGCGCUUGGUGUCUUUGGUGUUUACGUCUCGAGUUUACCUAACAUGACAAUUGAUGACAACUUCAUGGUCACCAUCUUUGGUCAUCCUGUGCCGAGACACACGGUGCGGAUCUCGAGGAAUGCCGAUACCGUCCUCGAGGUGGAUGUGCAGACUGCAUGGAAGGAGCUGGGGUUGGACAGUGGUUGGAGCAAUGAGUUGGAAGUCACCGUCAACAUACUCAGAAUCUAG